AGACCUCUAUUGUGAGCUUUGUGGAUCAUCUAGCCCAAUCACAUCUCUCCCAUUUAGAUGGAGAAACUGAGGUCUGACAAAAUUAACAACCCGACCAAGCUGUUAAAAGGACGUCACGGCGGGGACGUAGGGGUUCGCUCCUCUGGGCGUUGUUAAACCUGGGGGGUGGAGGCGGAAUGGACUCGAGGCCCAGCAACAGCCAGCGGUUGAUGUUUUCUGCGACCAAUCAGGAGAGGAGACCCUGGCCCCGCCCCUCGCCACGUGCUCCACUCUACUCAGCAACGGUCGCUCGGAGGGAAAAACAAUUAGAGCCGUCUCUUUUCUCACUGCUUAUCCCCUCCCGCCCUCGUCCCACUCCUUCCUCGCGCCGUCACGGCCAAGCAACCGGAUAGACUACAACUCCCGGAAUGCUCUGCGCGACGCAGAGUGGCCUCGGCGAGGAACGGACUUGAGCCCCAUUUCCCAGUAGGCUUCGCGCGCAUUCCCAGACACUCCAGGUUCUCUGCGUCGUACAGCUUCCUCUUCCCAUCGGAAGAGCCGCGAGGGUUCUGGCUUCCGGCGCGGCUCCUGAGACAGUGCACACACAGAAGAGAAGAUGGCAGAGGAAUCCAAUGAUGAAAAGAAGCCCCUGGCUAAGUUCGAGUUAGAACGAGAGACAGAACUGCGUUUUGAGGUGGAAGCCUCCCAGUCAGCCCAGCUGGAACUACUGGCUGGCAUGGCUGAGAUCUUUGGCACAGAACUGACUCGAAACAAAAAAUUCACUUUUGAUGCAGGUGCCAAAGUGGCUGUCUUUACUUGGCAUGGCUGUUCUCUUCAGCUGAGUGGGCGCACUGAGGUGGCUUAUGUCUCCAAGGACACCCCCAUGCUCCUUUAUCUUAACACUCACACAGCCCUGGAACAAAUGAGGCGGCAAGCAGAGCGUGAGGAAGAGCGAGGUCCUCGAGUGAUGGUAGUCGGCCCUACAGAUGUAGGGAAGUCCACAGUGUGCCGCCUAUUACUGAAUUAUGCUGUGCGACUAGGCCGGCGACCCACCUAUGUGGAGCUGGAUGUUGGCCAAGGCUCAGUAUCCAUUCCUGGAACUAUGGGAGCCCUUUACAUUGAGCGGCCUGCUGAUGUAGAGGAGGGUUUCUCUAUCCAGGCCCCAUUAGUCUAUCAUUUUGGUUCUACCACACCUGGCACCAACAUCAAGCUUUACAAUAAGAUCACAUCUCGCCUUGCUGAUGUCUUCAAUCAACGUUGUGAGGUGAAUCGCCGAGCCUCUGUCAGUGGCUGUGUCAUUAACACCUGUGGGUGGGUCAAGGGCUCUGGCUACCAGGCCCUGGUGCAUGCUGCUUCUGCUUUUGAGGUGGAUGUGGUGGUAGUACUGGACCAGGAACGACUGUACAAUGAGCUAAAGCGGGACUUGCCUCAUUUUGUGCGCACUGUUCUACUCCCCAAGUCAGGAGGAGUGGUUGAACGUUCGAAGGACUUCCGUCGGGAGUAUAGGGAUGAGCGCAUCCGAGAAUAUUUCUAUGGCUUCCGAGGCUGCUUCUAUCCCCAUGCCUUCAAUGUCAAGUUCUCUGAUGUGAAAAUCUACAAGGUGGGGGCACCCACCAUCCCAGACUCAUGUCUUCCUUUGGGAAUGUCACAGGAGGACAACCAGCUGAAACUGGUACCAGUCACCCCAGGGCGAGAUAUGGUGCACCACCUCUUGAGUGUCAGCACAGCUGAGGGCACUGAGGAGAACAUCUCUGAGACCAGUGUGGCUGGCUUCAUUGUGGUGACUAGUGUGGACCUGGAGCACCAGGUCUUUACUGUGCUCUCUCCAGCCCCUCGCCCACUACCUAAGAACUUCCUCCUCAUCAUGGACAUCCGCUUCAUGGAUCUCAAGUAGGGAUUUCUGCAUGUGUCAGAGGGACCCUCCACAUACAUCUGGGGGGGGAGGGGGGGCUCAGGUGGUUGGAAGCUCUUGUGGCCAGAAACUCCUUGGUAAAACUGGUUUAGUGGGAAACAGGCCAUCUUUGAGAACUAAUAGUAACCUGACCCUUUGAAAUUGCAUUUUCCUCUCAGUUCAUGACAGGGGACUUGGCCUCAGUAGAUCUGGGAUGCCAACUGGGAUUUUCAAGGACCCUGGGAAACACUUUCCCUAUUUCACUGUUACUAGCUGGUCCAAUUUUGUUCUUCCUUUUGGCUUUUUAUCCUUAACUUAUAUUUCACACACUAUCCUUUUCUCUUUGUCCAUGAUGGGAGUACAAAUUGAAGGACAUCUUUCAGGAGAGUUCAGACUUUAAAAAAAGAGUUUUCUAGUUUUAAUAAAUAUUUUUGCAGCUCUUCGCCCAA